AAAAAAACGGAAAAAAAGUUGUGUGACAUUUCCGCAGGCCGUCAAGAAAUGAAAUUAAUCUUUAGCGUUUUGUAUAAAAUAAUGUUUAUGUUUACACGUUUACUUUAAUAUUAAUUAUUAAAUGGUGCACAAAAUCGUCGCUAAAGCUUUACACGUGCAUGAUAUUUAACGUGCGCUACUUUACUCGCGAAUACGCCCUUGAAAAUAGUGAUACAAAAAGUCUAAAGUCAGCAUAGCAACAACACUUCAGUGGUUUUAAUUCUUGUUUUAAAGAAGAUUGUGGGCUGUAUCUUGAAGUAGUGCCUUUUUGAGAUGAGUACUGAGGAUAUAUGGAGGAUAAGGCUAAAAGAGAACAACAUAAUAAUUGGAUAAGUAGGUUUUAAGUCACACAUUGGUGCUUUUUGAUAGCGUAAGAUGAUAACUCGGAGAUGGUUUCAUCCAUCCUUGACUGGGGUGGAUGCUGAGAAGUUGUUACUGGAGUCAGGACGGGAUGGUUACUUUUUAGCGAGGCCUAGUAUGAGCAACAAGGGUGAUUUCACACUAUCUGUACGCAGGGGGUCCGAAGUAAUUCAUAUUAAAAUACAAAAUAAUGGAGAAUUUCUUGACUUAUAUGGCGGGGAAAAGUUUGCUACUCUCUCAGAACUUGUUCAGUACUACAUGGAAAAUCAGGGUCAGCUACGUGAAAAAAAUGGCAAUAUCAUUAGAAUAAAGACGCCGCUGAACUGCGCGGAUCCGACGACAGAACGGUGGUACCAUGGUCAACUCACCGCAAAGGAAGCAGAGAGAAUGAUGCUUGAAAAUGGUAAGAACGGUUCUUUUCUGGUAAGAGAAUCGCAGAGACAGCCGGGGGAUUUCGUACUCUCCGUGCGUACAAGAGACAGGGUCACUCAUGUGAUAGUAAGGCGGAAGGACAAUAAGUACGAUGUCGGAGGAGGACUACCGUUCGAUGACCUCGUCAGCCUCAUAGAACAUUACCGCAACUUCCCAAUGGUUGAAACGACCGGUGAAGUGUUGAGGCUCAUUCAACCAUUUAACGCGACACGUAUUCAGGUACAACACUUUCACACGCGAGUUAAACAGCUCCAGAAAGAAAACGAGGGACCUAUCGAGAGCAUGGCCUACAAACAAGGCUUCUGGGAGGAAUUCGAAACGUUGCAGAUGAUGGAAAAUUUACAACUAUUCGACAGGAUGGAAGGUUCGAAACCGGAGAAUAUAAGAAAGAAUAGAUACAAAAACAUUAUCCCCUUUGAUCACACUCGGGUGAUACUGCGGGACAUUCCCCCCGACGCCCCGCCAGGUUCCGACUACAUCAACGCAAAUUACAUCCGGUGUGAUUUUAUCGAUUCCAAUUCUGAAUCGCAGGAUUUGAACGGAAGUAACGAGAAUAACUCCCCACAAGCGAAAGACGGUGCGUCUAAAAAUAAAAGCAAAACGUCACCAACUCACAAAGGGGUUAUUAUUACACAGGAGAAAUUGAGGGAUACUGCGAAAGGUUACGGUAACGGUAACGGUACUCACAAACUCGUACCACCAUUCGAACUGAACGUUCUCCGUACCAACCCGAACUACGUAAAUACUACGAUACCGAAAUCGUCGGAAAUCGUCGAAAACGGUGACGCUGACAAGGUUUACAAUAAAAUUUACAUCGCUACACAGGGCUGUCUCUCGACCACGAUUUACCAGUUCUGGUCGAUGAUAUGGCAGGAGGAUGUCCGCAUCAUAAUAAUGACAACAAAGGAAAUAGAACGCGGUAAAGUUAAAUGCGAGCGCUACUGGCCGGAACUCAAUAAGACAGAAGUGAUAAAGAAAUACACUAUCUACAACGAGUCUGAAUCCUCCACUCAAGACUAUACGUUGCGGCGUUUCAUAGUCACGAAGAAAGAUGAGCCUAACGAGAAAAGAACUAUAUACCAUUUCCAUUUCACCGCUUGGCCGGAUCACGGAGUGCCAUCAGAACCUGGCCGGGUACUGAAUAUUUUACUGGAUGUCAACUAUAGGCUUCAGCAGAUAAUGACUGGGCCAGACCCGCCGAGUCAAGCGGUAGUAUGCGUCCACUGUUCUGCAGGAAUCGGCAGGACUGGCACCUUUAUCGUCAUCGAUAUGAUUCUAGACCAGAUACGAAAAGAGGGUUUCGACUGUGAAAUAGACAUCCAUCGUACGGUUCAAAUGGUCCGAGACCAACGAUCCGGUAUGGUACAGAACGAGGCACAAUACAAGUUUAUAUAUAUGGCGUUACUAGAAUUUAUCGAAACUGAGAAACAACGCGUCCUGCGCGUUCCUGCUUCGGAAACUCCGCGAAUGUGAUCUAAAAAGAAUGUUUUGUUCAAAAUUCGCGAUAGGAACAAAAAAAAAAUUCAAAAUUUUAUUAACAGAAUAAAUGUAAGUGACGAGAGACUUGGAUAUCCUCGAGAAUGAUAGUUUAAUAGCUGUUAUGUAUGUGUAACUUUGAAUCUUCUGUAUGAAUUAUUAAUUUGACGAUAGAUUUAUUCUGAUGCAAUAUUUUAUAUAAAUGGAAGAUAUUUUUCACUUAUUGUUAUGAUGAUGUUAAGUCAAUUUUAAUAUUAUUAAUUUACUUUCAAAAGACGCAAAUUGACGGACCGAUAAAUGUCAUCGGUUUUUCCUUUAUACUAUAAAUAGUUGAUGUAAAAAUAACAAACUCACAUUAUCCUGUUUAUUGUAUUGCUUUAUAUUACAACAGAUACAUUAAAGUUUAAUUUUUAAAAACGAUACCACAUAAAAAUAGUUCAUAAUUAAACUGAGAGUAGGAAUUUUCUAUUAUACUUUGUUUUUCCAUUGAUCUUUUAAUUGCAAAUAAAUAUUCGAAUAUGCUUCAUUAGUAAUAAAACGAGAAU